GCGAAAUUUUAAAUUUACUAGUAUUGUACAUACGUACGUAUGCGAAAAUUAUUGUAUAGCUGGUGAUCGAUGUCUUUGCGACUUGUGCUGAAACUUAAAAGAUUUCCAUUGCGGAAGCUGGCGUAUCCUCGAUCGAUGCAGCUGAUUAUGUACCACUACCAACCAACUAAAAAAUUGACGGGGAUGAUGAUAUGCAGCGGCAAUGCUUGCAACGGAAGCGGUCGGUUUGCAUUUGUCCGUUUUCCCCCCAUCAACCGAUCGGCAAUGAAUCACAAUGAAAUUGGCUACUUCCGGGCUUCCGUUGUGCCGCUGAUACGCCGUGGUCCAUGUGUCUAGGUUUGUCAGACACAGCAGUCAACACUCUCUCGGUAUGAUGAAGCAGCUGAGCCGUUUACCAACAGGAGCAUGGCGAGUAUUUAGACGGACGUUUCUCCGUUGAUUGGACAUAUUCAGCCAAUCAUCUUCUUCCACACAGCGAUAUAAACAUAUUAGCACACAAUCGCUCAUUACGCUCCAGCAACAUUGAACAAAUUUCAUUUUGUGACAAAAAAAUCAAUAGUAAAACGAUGCUACUGUAAACGUACGUACGCACGGUCGUAUGCGGUUGCAUACAGGGUAAUCACUUGGUUGCGCUGCUGCUCUAACGUGUUUAAAACAGGCUGGUUAAAUUCUGCGCGUACUAGUGAAAAUAACCGGUUGCGCCUGCUGGUAUUGCGCAGUUGCGCUCGGCAGCGGCACAAACACGUUGUCAGAUUUCUGCUCACUUUGACUUGACUUGUGCAGUGUGUUUCUCCCGGUCUGCGUAACCCGCCAACGUCAUUUGUGAUUUUUUACUUACCUGGUUUUCCCAGAAAAUUAGACACAUUUUUAAAAAUUGCGGAUUUUAUAGAUACGUGUUAAAAUGAUAACCAGAUCUUUGAGAUAACGACCGCUGCGAUGAUACAGUCAUGUGAUGUACAAUAUUUUAUCGAGGUUUUUCACCAUGAGCGAUGAUUUUCCUGACUGAUUUCUCUCCCCAACAUGAAGAGGAAGUUGGGAUACUUUAUCGCAUCUGGCAUAACGAUUUUAUGGGUUUUAUUUUUCUAUCAAUAUGUGUUAUUUCAUCAAAAUAUUCAGGAACUGGAUCCGAAUGAAGGCGCGAAUCGCAAGAUCAAGCACCUUUCAGCGCUCUUCGACGAUGUACAUAAUUUAGAGCAGGAUAGCGAAAAGAUCAAGCAGUAUGUUGAGCGGGUACAAGAAGUGAUCGGUGUGGAUGGAGGCGACUCAAGUUUAGCAGUAUUAAGGAAGGAAAUCCCAGUCAUUCCCGUUAUCGUUUUCGGAUGUAAUCGUCCAACAAUUAAGCGAAGUCUGGACCAGCUGAUUAAAUUCCGUCCGUCGGCCCAAUCCUUCCCGGUGUAUGUCAGUCAGGACUGCGGGGAUGCCGCGACGGCGGAUGCGAUCGCCAGCUACGGGGAUCAGUUGACGCAUUUGAAGCACACCAACAAUACUCCCAUUAAUCUGUCAAAGAAGGACAAGAAAUUUGAAGGCUACUACAAGAUUGCCCGCCAUUACAAGUGGGGAUUACAGCAGAUGUUCCGCAAAUACAACUACUCAGCGGUGAUUAUUGUCGAAGACGAUUUGGACGUUGCUCCGGAUUUUUUCCAGUAUUUUGCCGCGCUGUAUCCACUGCUGGCACUCGAUACGUCCUUGUGGUGCAUAUCCGCGUGGAAUGAUAAUGGAAAAGCGGAUCUGACUGAAAAUAACGCAGAAUUACUCCAUCGAACGGAUUUUUUUCCCGGUUUGGGCUGGAUGUUAACCAAAGAAAUCUGGAACGAACUGGAGCCGAAAUGGCCCGAAAAAUUCUGGGACGAUUGGAUGCGCCGGCCCGAGCAGCGCCAGCAGCGCUCCUGCAUCCGACCGGAAAUCUCCCGUACCUCCACGUUCGGGAAGAAGGGUGUCAGCAAUGGGGAGUUCUUUGAGACGCAUCUGAAAUUCAUCAAACUCAACGAUGUCGCCGUGCCCUUUCGCGAGCGCAAUUUGGCCUAUUUAUUGAAAGAGAUUUAUGAUCCACGCUUCAAUUCCAUCGUGUACAACGCGCCCGUGAUCCGGUUGGAUGACUGGAAGCAGAAGGAGAUUGUUGGCCUGCCUGAUAAUGCCGCCGUCCGCAUUGAGUACCGCACCAAAGAUCAGUUUAUCAAAAUUGCCAAAGCCAUUGGAGUGAUGCAGGAUUUCAAGGCUGGAGUGCCGCGCGGUGGCUACCGCGGCGUGGUGACCCUCGUCCAUCGUGGUCGGCGGGUAUUUUUGGCGCCACCGGCCGGCUGGGAUGGCUACGAUCUCACCUGGAACUGAUGGAUGAAACAAUCAAAAAAGCCUACUCCUUUUUUUUAUCAAAACCCUGGAGCUUUGAUUCCCCCAUUUCCCCGGUUCUGUUACUCGGUCCGCGAAGGUUACUAGAUUAUGGCGCUCGGGACAUUCUGCCGUUGGGCUUUCCGUUCCCCCCGUGCAUCGGAUGUGUCGCGAAUGUAGAAAACAAUUUUAGAGAAAAUGAGAGAGAGAGAGUGGAAACCCUUUUUUGGAGGAUAUUUUUUAUUUUGCUCAUCUGUGUGUCUGAAAUUUUAUUGGGAGAAUUAUUAUGUGAGAACGGUGGACGAGAUGCGAAAUCUUACAGAGCAUGUUCUUUUUCGAUUUUGUUUGUUUUUCUGGGAUGUUUGCUGUUUGAUUACUCAUGAUCUUGCCGUGAUGGGACGGUGGUGUUUUUUUUUCGUUUUUAUUGGUUUUAUUAACGAUGAUCCGGUGGGAUGGUCGGUUUUUUUGUUUUGUGUCACGGCUGUUGUGAAUUGGGGUUUUUUUUUCGGUUACUCCUGUUUCUCUGGAUGUUUUUAAUUUAUUUCUUUGCUUCAGCUGUCUGUGACAGUUUUCUUUGAUAUGAACGUGGAUAAAAAUGAUGAACUUCA